UGGCGAUGAGCCGAUAACUGUUAAAGGAAAGUGAAGAGAAAAAUAAAAAAAACACGCAGAGAGAGGGAGGGAGGGAGCGAGCGUAAAAGAGGAAAGAGAGAGUGAAGAAGGAAGGGAAGAUCUGAGUUUUAAAGGGAGAAGGAGCGAGUCAGAGCCCCCGAGUUAGGUCACAUCGGCCAUCCAUGACUCGGUGUUGCCGCUGUCCGUAUUAAUUUCAGCACAGGCCGAGCAUCAGGCUAAUCAGUCUGUCUGCCUUUCUUUUGCUGCACCAAAAUUAUAUAUAUACACAGAGAGAGCGCGUGUUUUAGAGAGAGAGAACAGAUCCUAACUCCGUCGUAGGCUCCGCUGCUUCGCUUUCUCUCUUCCCCGUCCUCGCCCUUCCACCCCUCCUUUUUCAAGAGCAUCCAAGAAGAAGAAGCAGCAGCAGCUGCUGAUCGGCGUUUCCCCUUACCAAGGGUCCGAUGUGCUUUGAGCUCAGUAUUUUUGCACUUCUCUCCUCAGAUUGGCGCUUUGUUGGUGGUUUGACGACAGCAUCAGUGACAGUGGGGGAUAAAGGGGUUUCCAUGUUGGUUGUAGGAGGAUACUGAUUCAGAUAAACCCUAAUUUUCCAGAAGGGUAUACAUUGCGAGAGUGAGUAAAGAAUCCCCUGACAUGGAACUGAAUUUGUAGGCUAGAGGGAUAUAUAGAGUGAAAUUGAAGGACAUAGUUUCUUAUGAUGGAAGACUUGUCCAAGUAUUCUCACAGUCCUGCUCACUUGGCAGUCGCACGCCGUGAUUAUGCUGGCCUUCAAAGCAUUAUCUCUAACCUCCCACAACUUGCCAAGGCUGGCGAAGUUACUAAUGAACAACAGUCAGUUGCUGCUGAAAGAGAAGCUGAUGCUCUCUCAGCUAUCAUUGAUCGCCGGGAUGUUCCUGGUCGUGAGACUCCUCUACAUCUCGCUGUUAAAUUGAGGGACCAAAUCUCUGCAGAGAUCCUAAUGGCAGCAGGUGCAGAUUGGAGUCUUCAGAAUGAGAAUGGCUGGAGUGCCCUUCAAGAAGCAGUCUGCACAAGGGAGGAAGCAAUUGCUAUGAUAAUUGCUCGUCACUAUCAGCCGCUCGCCUGGGCAAAAUGGUGCCGUAGGCUCCCUCGUAUUGUCGCUUCAGCAGCUCGUAUCCGUGACUUCUAUAUGGAGAUUACGUUUCAUUUCGAGAGUUCUGUCAUUCCAUUUAUCGGCCGUAUCGCCCCAUCAGAUACUUAUCGUAUUUGGAAACGGGGCGCUAAUCUUCGAGCUGACAUGACGCUUGCUGGGUUUGAUGGGUUCCGGAUUCAAAGAUCAGACCAGACUUUUCUUUUCUUGGGAGAGGGUUAUUCUGCAGAGGAUGCUGGUGGAAUGUCUUUACUACCAGGUUCUCUGAUUGUUCUUGCACACAAGGAGAAAGAGAUUACUAAUGCGUUGGAAGGAGCAGGUGCACAACCGACUGAAGCAGAAGUUGCCCAUGAAGUUGCUCUCAUGUCGGAAACCAAUAUGUAUAGGCCGGGGAUUGAUGUGACACAGGCAGAGCUAGUUCCUCAUUUGAAUUGGAGACGUCAGGAAAGAACUGAGAUGGUGGGGAAUUGGAAGGCCAAGGUUUAUGAUAUGCUUAAUGUGAUGGUAAGUGUGAAGUCGAGGCGAGUUCCAGGUGCUAUGACAGACGAGGAACUUUUCUCUGUAGAUGAUGAAGAAAGAUUGGCAAAUGGAGGGGAUCAGGACAAUUUUGAUGAUGUACUGACACCUGAAGAGAGAAAACAGUUAGACUCUGCACUUUGCGCGGGGAAUUCUGAUGGUUUACGGGAGGAGGAAGCUGGUGGGGUGGUUGAGUACCAAGAAAAUGGUUCGGUAGGACCAUAUCAAAAUGGUGAAUCAAAUGGUACGACUAAGGAGAAAAAGAGUUGGUUUGGCUGGAAGAAUAAAGGUGGUAAACACAAUAACGAUGACUCUGAAGAUCCAAAAAUGGGGAAAAAGUAUUCGAAGUUGAGGCCGGAUGGUGGCAAUCAGAAAUCUGUUGAUCACCAAAAUUCAUCAUCUGAAUCUGGUUGGGAAGAUGGUACAGGAGAUACAAGCAAGGGAAAGGAUAAAAGUGGCAAGAAGAAAACGAAGAAAGGGCCGAGUAGCGAGUCUAAGAAUGAAAGCGAGUACAAAAAGGGUUUGCGUCCUGUAUUGUGGCUAACGCCUGAUUUCCCCUUGCAAACGGAUGAGCUCCUGCCAUUGCUUGACAUAUUGGCUAACAAGGUUAAAGCUAUUAGGAGACUCAGGGAGCUUUUGACUACUAAACUUCCUUGUGGAACAUUUCCUGUCAAGGUAGCUAUACCUAUUGUUCCCACCAUAAGGGUGAUUGUGACAUUCACGAAGUUUGAGGAGCUAAUUCCUGUGGAGGAAUUCUCAACGCCUCUCUCCAGCCCAACACAUUUCCAGGAUUCAAAGUCCAGGGAAUUCUCAUCAGAUGCUGGGUCUACAACUACAUCAUGGAUAUCUUCAUGGAUGAAAGGUGGAAGUCGAGGAGGUCAGUCGAGUGAUAGUGACAGCCAUCGGUACAAGGAUGAGGUUGACCCCUUCCAUAUACCAUCAGAUUACAAGUGGGUUGAUGCCAAUGAGAAGAAGCGGCGGAUGAAAGCUAGGAAAGCCAGGACCAAGAAACAUCAUAGGAAGCAACACCAGCAGGCAGCAAGAACCGGGGGCGGAGGAGGAGGGGAUAGUGUUGGGGCACAUAAUCACAGUGGAAAUGCUGAAGAUUAAUGAUGCCGAGAAGCAUUCCUCAAGUGUUUGGCCCUUCAGCGUGCCUGCAGAAAAGGGCGGGUGAGGCAAGGCUCUUUUCUUCUGAGGCAUGACAUAAUUUCCGGACGGGUUUGACAAUGCAGCUUCUUGUGAAUCGCCAGGGGAUUGAUUUAUGAAGAAUAUAUUGGUUGGUUAGGUUGAGUUUACUCUUUUGAUGGGUUGGUUAUGAAACUUCCCACAUGCUGUAUUUGUUAUGUGAUGUGAAAAUUUGCAGAGGGUGUAUAGGAUGGAGAUCCUGAUCCUCUUGUUUCAUCUGUCUUUAUAUCUCCAUCUCCCAUUCUCCCUCUGUCUCAGCCUAGUAGUUUGUUCUUUGGUUUGGUUCCUUCAUUUGUUGUUUGUGCAUUAAUCCAAUUGUACUCAAGUUCUUGAUUAUCAAGUUAACAAACAAGCAGCAGAUUUUCUGGUUGGGGGUUUCCCUCGCCUCGGCGUCCGCCGUCUCUCUAACUCCGCUGCUUGCUUUUUUGCUGCACUUUAGGAGUGGCAUGUAGUUCGGUAAACCCUACUAAACCGGAACAACUGAAAAUGUG